AUGCACAAGCAGCACUACAGUUAUGAGGACUGCAAAACAGUUAAACUCAGUAGUAAGGUGGAAACAGAGAGAGAUUUUGCUAAACUUCAGUAUGUCUCCUUCUGGAAAAAAAUUGCUGAAAUAGCAAAUAAAAUGGAGCGUCACCAUGAUACUGUGGGUGAUAAAACUACCUUUGUGAAAAAGGAGCUGUGUAUCAGGUUGGCUGAUGCACCUAACCCAGGGCUUAUUCCAGAUGCAGAUGCAGUAGGUGUAACAGUUGUGCUAAUUACAUGCACCUAUCGAGGUCAAGAAUUUAUUAGAGUAGGCUACUACGUAAACAACGAAUAUACUGAAACAGAACUGAGAGAGAAUCCACCAGUAAAACCAGACUUUUCUAAGCUUCAAAGGAAUAUUUUGGCAUCUAAUCCUAGAGUCACAAGAUUCCACAUUAACUGGGAGGACAACACUGAAAAACUGGAAGAUGCAGAGAGCAGUAACCCAAAUCUACAGUCGCUGCUUUCUACAGAUGCAUUACCUUCAGCAUCAAAGGGAUGGUCAACAUCAGAAAAUUCAUUAAAUGUUAUGUUAGAAUCUCAUAUGGACUGCAUGUGACUAACCACCACCAUUUUGGUACUGUACAUGUAUUAAACUGUAAAAACAACCAGAACUAUUUCCCUCAGUUUCCCUAAGUAUAUAGUUGACAAGCAAUGUGAAGAACUUGUUUUAAAACAUCCUGUAGAAAGUUUAUAAAAAACAACAAAAAAAACCCAAAAAACAGUAUUUGAGCAAAUUGUGGAAUAUAAAUACAGAUAUUUUUAAGUAAUUGCUUUUUUUUCUCUAACUUGUUACUCUGUUGGUCUGAAUUGAACCUUAUUAAAGUAUGCAUAUUCUUCC